CGAAGUAGGAAGGAUAUUAUUUAGCUAAUUACGACUUAAAGCUUUGUUUAAUCUUUCACAUAUACACUUCAUAGUUAAAAGGUUGUAGACAUCCAAACUGCACUGAAGAUGUUUGGGCAUGUGAAUGAUAGUAUGGAUAAAGGCUCGAUAAUGGACUUAGAAGACACAGUAGAGAAGGUAGCUGAUAUUUAUGUGAGUGCCGGGGCUGUAAGAGAUAUGAAACAUAAGAAAGACAAAGAGGACUUUGACACCCAAACACUGAAAACCCAAGCAUCUCAAAACACAGGAAGUGAUUCAGUGAAGAGCAGAAACUCCAGAGCAGCUGUAGUGUGUUUGGUUCUGCUGUGUGUUCUUCUGCUGGCUGCAGUCAUAGUGCUGUGUGUCAUCUUCACUCAAGAGAGACAACAGCUCUUAUCCAAGAAUGAAAACCUGACCAAUGAGAGAGAGCAGCUGAUACUCAAGAACACAAACCUGACCAAUGAGAGAGAGCAGCUGAAGCUCAAGAACACAAACCUGACCAAUGAGAGAGAGCAGCUAAUCCUCAAGAACACAAACCUGACCAAUGAGAGAGAGCAGCUGAAGCUCAAGAACACAAAUCUGACCAAUGAGAGAGAGCAGCUGAUACUCAUGAACAAAAAUCUGACCAAUGAGAGAGAGCUGCUAAGAAGUGAACUUCUGAUUUGUGUUGGAUGGAUUUUCUAUCAAUCCAGUUUUUACUACAUGUCCAAUGAGAAGAAGAACUGGACUGAGAGCAGACGAGACUGCCAGAAGAGAGGAGCAGAUCUGAUCAUCAUAAACAACAAAGAGGAAUAUGAUUUUAUUCAGAACAAGUCUGGUGCUGCUGCAGUUUAUAUUGGUCUGACUGACAUUGAAGUGGAGGGCAACUGGAAAUGGGUUGAUGGCAGCAAUCUGACCUCUGGUUUCAGCUCCUGGGCACCUGAACAGCCAGAUGGAGGCAAACAAGUAAACGAGGACUGUGUUAUGACUGUAGCUGUGGCUCUGAAAGAGUUUUCUAAUUUAGUAGGGUGGCAUGAUGUUGCAUGUAAUAAAACUUUUAAAUGGAUCUGUGAGAAGAGGACUUCACGCACCUUUUGA